CUCUCUCUCGUACUGGGAAAGGAACCAGAGAAAGCAGGGAGGAUAUAUACAUCGAAAAGCCCCCAGACUAUAAUUAUGGUGUUUCCGGACGGCGCGGGUUCAAACCAGCGAUGUCUGACCUGCGCGCUCAUCAGCCUCGGUGCAGGUCAAGGGUUGAGACUUGAGAUUGGGAUGCAGUAUCUCAGGAGGGGUCCGCAAAGCGCAACCCCGGGUUAAGCUCAAGCCAGGAUGUGAAGGACGGCUGGGGUGGAGUUAAGUACGCGCACGGGCCCACACCCGCCGCCCAAUGUCGCUGUUACGUCGGCCGCCCAGGCUCAACUGCCUGCUACAGGCACGGAAUGUGAGCUACAGCGCCACCUCGAUGUCUGGCCAUGAUGCUCAGCCUCGCACUCAGCAACCCCCAACGCCGAGAAUAGACGUCUCCUCCAAGUCAUGAAGCUCGGGCUCGCCGUGCCCCUGGAGUAGCCGGCAGGAGCAGACCAGACAGACCCCCCCGAUUGGCGCCGCCGCCCCGACCAUAGACGACCCCUGACCGACGCGUGCCUCGUGUCCCCUCCCCUCCGCUGUGCACCCGUCCAAGCGGAAACGACGAGACGGCGGACCGGGACGGUACCCCACGGCGCAAUGGAUGCCCCGCAGGUCAAGCUCUCGGAGCUGCUCCGGCACCCCGACGAUCUAGAUAAGAUCGUGGUGUUGAGGCAAGAGUUCGCGCGCAAGAAGGAGGCCGUCGACUCGCAGCUGCGGGCCGGCCUGCGUGAGCAGCUCGAGACGACACAGGGCGGCAUGACGGGUCUGUCGGAGGGCCAGAAGGCGGUGCAGCAGAUCAAGGACGAGAUGAUCAAGAUCGACAAGCUGUGCUCCGAGAGCCAGAACAUGAUCAAGGACUUUGCCACCAUCAACCUGGUCUCGCAGGCGCACCGCAACUUCGGCGCCGUCGAGGCCAUGCGGCGCAACCUCGAGACAUUCAACGACCGCCUGAGCGCCGUUGAGAAGAUGCUGCGCCAGGACGAGGCCGAGCAGGACCAGAUGCCCAACCUGCUGUCGAUCCACUACGAGCUCACGCAGCUGCGCAACAUCCGCGAUGACGCCAUCGAGCAGAUCCAGCGUGCCGAGGACACCAGCCUGCAGUCGACACUCGAGGACUACUUUGAGCGUCUCGAGGGCAUCAUCGACUGGUUCGACGAGCACGUCGGCAUGGUGUCCAUGAACCUCAUCAACCUGGUCACGUCGGAGAACAACGGGCUCGUCGUGCGCUUCGCCCUCAUCAUCGAGGCCGAGGAGAAGAGCGACCAGCGCGUGCUGGCGCUGCAGGACGCCCUUAAGGAUCACAAGGAGAUGGCCGCCCGCUUCCAGAGCAUCACCGACGGUGCCAAGACGGUGCGCGGCUACAAGGACAAGUUCCUGCUGGCCAUCCGCGGCUACUGCGAGGCCCAGUUCAAGGCCAGCCGCGAGGACUUCCUCGACGACCCGUCCAAGCUCGACAAGAUCCUGCGCUGGUUCUUCAACGACCUCAACGCCGUGCGGCUGGGCAUGGUGCCGCUGAUGCCCAAGAAAUGGAAGAUAUUCAAGAAGUACGGCAACAUCUACCACGAGCUGAUGCACGACUUCCUCGUCGGCAUGGUGGACGACCCGGAGAGCAGCUCGUCGCACGCGCUCGAGAUCGUCGGCUGGCCCGACAAGUACUACAAGAAGAUGAACAAGCUAGGGUUCCGCCAGGAAGAGCUGACGCCGCACGUGGUGGACAACCGCGAGGCCGAGCUGGUGCGCGACUUCCGCAACCUCAUCAUCAAGUUUCUCGACGAGUGGAUCGACCGCAUCCAUGCCCAGGAGAAGCGCGAUUUCGCCGAGCGCGCAGGCGCCGAGGCCUCCAACCUGGACGCGGACGAAUUUGGCUACUUCCGCACGCGCAACCUGGUGGACCUCUGGCGCAUGCUGCGCGAGCAGAUGGACGCGGCCGCCAACUCGAAGCGCGCCGACGUGGCCGAGGGCGUCGUGGACGCCAUGUUCCUGCGCCUGCGCGCGCGCCAGCAGUCGUGGCAGAAGCUGCUGGACGAAGAGGCGCAGCUGUACGAGACGGGCAAGGUACCCGAGCUCGAGGGCUUCCAGGCCCUGCAGGACUGGCUCGUGGCCACGGCCAACGACCAGAUCGCCUGCAUCGACGACAACGAGGACGAGGGCCGGUUCGGCUACCUCAGCAGCUUCCGGCAAAAGUUCGGGCCCAUGGUGUCGCAGCCCUACAUGGAGCGCGCCGACGCCGAGAUGGAGGCGCUGCGCGACGGCUAUGUCGACUUCAGCACAUGGUGCAUCACAAAGUUCGUCCACCUCGUCUUCGCCGUCGACUUUACCCCCGUGCUGCCCGACAUCUUCACGCCAAAGUGGUACACGUCGACGUCGAUGCGCCAGAUGGUGGUGACUUUCGAGGAGUACGUGGGCGACUACCGCCAGGUGCUGCACCACUCGCUCGUCGACAUCUUCAUCGAGCUCUUCGCCGACGAGCUGCUGGCCCGCUACCUGGGCAGCGUGCGCAACAAGGGCGUCAAAUUCCGCCGCACCGACCAGUACCAGGAAAAGAUAUUCGACGACGUCGGCACCGUCUUUGCCUUUUUCGACUCGCUCGACUCGGACCUGGGCAUGCAGCUCAAGGAGCGCUGGAAGGUGAUGCAGCUGUUCGACAGCCUGCUCACCAGCCCCAAGGAGCAGAUCCCCGACGUCUUUGAGCAGUUCAAGACGGCCUACUGGGACCUGCAGAUCACCUGGGUCGAGGCCGUGCUGCGGUCUCGCGACGACUUUGAGCGCGCCACCCUCAACGCCGUCAAGGGGCGCGCCGCCCAGAUCUUUGUCGAGAGGCGGCCCGAGACCAUUAUGAGCAAGAUCAAGUGAUUGAGCAUGCCAGAGGCAUAUAGAAAAAAUAACCCACCUACCCAGGUACCUAGACACCUACCGGACAUGAAGGAAAGAGGACGGAAAGGAUAGAGAGACGCAGGUCGCGGAGGCAGUAGAGGACAGGAACAAACAGGACCACCAACAACGGCACCGGUCUCCCUACGGAGCGAGGGAGAGAGAGAUGGCUGGAUGGUGCUAUAAUCUGAUGUAAACAUCUAGGGGCCAAGCAUGGCAUUCUAGCCCCAGAGGAAUUCAGAGAGGGGCCGAGGGUGUGUGGGUGGGAUUGCUAUUGCCAGUUUGGCAGAAGCACCACGCCCAGUAUGAAAGGCACCCACGUGUCAGCAUCACGAGCACUGCCCAUCAGAUUCGUAGAUACCCAAGCACUUGGAACAUAUCAACACCCUACUCCAACUCUCCACCUCACCCCAUAAACACGGAACCAAUGCCUAGGCGCCUGUCGUUGAGGGUGAAUAUUCCGAUUUUAUUGUUUUUCGAUGCCCGAGGAAAAGCGAGGGGGCAUCCGAGAAGGGAGAGGGGGUAUCAUGAGCUUCCCAAUCUAUCAAAAUGGCACAAGAGGAACGGAGCAAAAAGAAAAAGAAACUACAGCAAAACGAACACCAUAAACAAAAAACAAAAAAAGAGGAAGAAUGAAAAAGAGAUAAAACAUGUGACGGCAUGCUGGCUCAGUCGGCCGACGAGGGCCGCAGGGCGGCCACUGGCCCAAGGUAGGAUGCAGACGUCUCUCCGACUGCGCUCCGCCGCUCUGGAUAUACUCCAACAUGCGUAGGGAGAAUAGGCAAACCAUCCAACUCGAGAAGAAAAAAAUGUAUUUCUAAAGCCGGGAUCUUUGUGUUCGAAAUGGCAAGCAAGGGAGCAGAAAAGACCGAACCAAAUGCUGGGAGGGGCUAGGACAUGCACGAAAAAAAAAAGAAAAAAAAGAAAUCAAACCAAACCAGGCAGUUCCGUAACGCUAUGCUCGCUCCGUGAGACAAAUAUCGGCAUCACAAGCCCCACGCAUUUCCAGAGCCCCGG